UCCAUCAGACUGUGGUCUCUUUGGCCUCUCCGGGAGCCGGCGGCAGGCUUCCCCCAAGAAGGAAGUCCUCUUUGCCUCCUCCGCCGAAGCCCUUUGCCUCUAUUCUCUCCGUCGGCCUCCUCCGUCUCCUUCUCCUUUCUUCUCGUGCUGUUCCGUACGAACGUGAUUCCUUCGGUUGGAAAUCAAGGGCGGUUCGCUAGCUUGCUUGGACUGCUUGUUCUUCUUUUUCUUUGUUUUGAAGAAUCGAAUCCUCUUGAAGAUAAAUCUCAUUUGACCUCAUCAGAAUCUGCCUACAACUGGAAUAGCUCCGGUUUAAUUUUCGAAAUAAAUCGGGGAUUCGGCCAUGCCCCGUGGCAAGUCUGCCCCCGGCGGCAACUUGUUUUACCGGAGGAAGCAGUCGUGGCGCGCCGAUGAGUUCGUAAACAAGAGCACCCUGCAGCUGCUAGAUUUUGAUGACGGCUCACCACCAGAAUAUGCUUGGAGAAGAAAAUUAAGUAGUCAUGCUAAUAGGCUGAAGGAGUUCAAUGUUACUUUUAGAGAAGCAUUCAAAAUGAUGAAGCUUGGUCUCCGGCUUUGGUCAUAUGUUCGGGAAGAAGCUUCUUAUGGAAGGAAAGCACCAAUUGAUCCAUUCACGAGAGAUAGCAGCAAACCAUCAGCUUCACAAGGAGUACCUCUCGGUGGGAUGGGGACUGGUAGCAUAUCAAGAGGUUUUAGAGGGGAAUUCAAGAAUUGGCAGAUAACUCCUGGUUCAUGUGAAAUGUCGCCAGUGAUGGAAAACCAAUUUUCGAUCUUUAUAACUAGAGAAGGAGGAAGCAAAAAGUACUCCUCAGUUUUGUCUCCUGGUCAGCAUGAUGGUUUAAAAAAAUCUAGCGAUGAUGGUAUAUCAUCCUGGGACUGGAAAUUAAGAGGCGAUCGUUCAACAUACCAUGCUUUGUUUCCUCGAGCAUGGACUGUUUAUGAUGGUGAACCUGAUCCUGAAUUGAAAAUAUCUUGUCGUCAAAUAUCUCCAUUUAUUCCUCACAACUACGAAGAGAGUAGUCUCCCUACAUCAGUUUUUGUCUACACUCUAGUGAAUACUGGAAAGGAAAGGGCAAAAGUGAGCCUAGUAAUGACAUGGGCGAAUUCUAUUGGGGGGCUUUCACAUCAGUCUGGCGGUCAUGUAAAUGAGCCAUUCAUAGGAGAAAAUGGAAUUUCUGGUGUUCUCCUACAUCACAAGACUGCCAACAAUAAUCCUCCUGUAACAUUUGCUGUUGCUGCAUGUGAAAAUCAAAAUGUAGAUGUCACGGUGCUGCCAGUGUUUGGGCUUUCUGGAGAAAGUUCUAUCACUGCUCGGGAGAUGUGGGGCACAAUGGUUCAGGGUGGUUGCUUUGACCGAGAUAAUUUCAAUGUUGGCCCCUGCAUGCCUUCUUCGCCGGGUGAUGCAGUUUGUGCAGCAGUUUCUGCUUCCACCUGGGUUGAACCACAUGGAAGAUGUACAGUUGUAUUUGCGUUGGCCUGGUCUUCUCCUGAGGUUAAAUUUAAGAAGGGAAGUACGUACCACAGGAGAUAUACAAAGUUCUAUGGAACUUCUCCAAAGUCGGCUAUAAACCUGGUGCAAGAUGCAUUGAUGAAGUAUAAGCAUUGGGAAGAGGAAAUUGAUAAGUGGCAAACCCCAAUUCUCCGCGAUGAGAGACUUCCGGAAUGGUAUAAGAUCACUCUCUUCAAUGAACUAUACUUUCUUGUGGCUGGAGGAACUGUUUGGAUAGACAGUGAACCAUUGAUGUUGGACGCUGAUAAAAGUUCUAAGUCAAGUCUACCUGAGGAUAGUGAUUUGCCACUUCAUAACAGCACUUGCAACUCUACAGUUCCACUUAUUGGUUCUAGCCCGCUUGAUUUUGAUGACAAAGAAAAUGUUGGGAAGUUUUUGUACCUUGAAGGAGUGGAGUACUUCAUGUGGUGCACUUACGAUGUACACUUCUAUGCUUCUUUUGCUCUUUUGGACCUCUUCCCUAAGAUUGAGCUGAGUAUACAACGUGAUUUUGCUAGAGCUGUUUUGCGUGAAGAUAGAAGUAGAGUCAGAUUUCUUGCUGACGGUACAUGGGGCACACGUAAAGUAAUCGGUUCUGUUCCUCAUGAUCUCGGAGCACAUGAUCCUUGGCAUGAAUUGAAUGCAUACAAUAUACAUGAUACAAGUAGAUGGAAAGAUCUAAAUCCGAAGUUUGUUCUCCAAGUUUACAGGGAUUUUACUGCAACCGACGACAUGUCAUUUGGCAAGGAUGUCUGGCCUGCAGUUUGUACUGCUAUGGAAUACAUGGAACAGUUUGAUCGUGAUGACGAUAGUAUGAUUGAGAAUGAUGGUUUUCCUGAUCAAACGUAUGAUGCUUGGACUGUUCUCGGUGUAAGUGCCUAUUGUGGUUGUCUUUGGCUUGCUUCCCUUCAAGCUGCAGCGGCAAUGGCCCGCAGCCUUGGACAUGCUGACUAUGCUGAGAGGUGCAUGGUGAAAUUUGCAAAAGCUAAACACGUGUUUGAAGCCAAGUUAUGGAAUGGUUCAUAUUUUAAUUAUGACAGCGGAACAAGCUAUAGUAGCCGCUCCAUCCAGGCAGAUCAGUUAGCUGGACAAUGGUACACUGCAUCAUCGAGUUUGCCACCUCUGUUCGAUGAGGACAAAAUAAAACGCACACUUCAGAAAAUAUUUGACUAUAAUGUGAUGAGGGUGAAAGGAGGACGUAUGGGAGCGGUCAAUGGUAUGCAUCCGAAUGGAAAGGUAGACGAGACAUGCAUGCAGUCAAGAGAAAUCUGGACUGGAGUAACGUAUAGUUUAGCUGCAACGAUGCUGCUCCAUGGAAUGGAGGAUCAGGCUUUCACUACAGCGGAAGGCAUUUUUCUUGCAGGGUGGUCUGAAGAGGGCUAUGGGUAUUGGUUUCAAACUCCAGAAGCAUGGACAAUUGAUGGGCACUAUAGAUCUCUGAUAUAUAUGCGUCCGCUUGCGAUAUGGGCAAUGCAGUACGCGUUGUCUCCUCCAAGGGCGAUACUUGAGGCCCCAAAGGUAAAUACAAUGGAUAGGGCCUACAUUUCUCCUAGCGCCCUCCAGUUUCUCCAGGAUAGCGUCAGGAAGAUAACUCCCAAGAAGGGCUGUUUUUGAACCAAUUUGCUGAACUGUGGUUGCUGAUUUGGUUAGAGAUUUAGCUCAGUUGUUCCUGUACAUGCAUACAUAUAUAUAAGUUUGUAAAGCCUCUUCUUAAAUAAAUGCAGAGUUGUGAUUCUCUUA